CAGCAGCUUCAAGGACUGGAGGAGGCUGAUAUCAAGUUCACAUUGACUCCUGUCGCUGUGAAGAGUGAAGAAGAUGAAGAGAAACUUAAAUCGUCAAAGCUUCAUCCGAGUGAGAUGAAGGAGAACAGAGUGGACUGUGGAGGACCAGAACCAGCCAGGAACUCAGGUCCUGAUGGACGUUUACAACCAGGUCCUGAGGAGAAGACUGAAGACUCUUCUGAGACUGAAGAGAGUGAGGAUGAUUGGAUGGAGACCAGGGAACCUCAGACUGGUUUAAAUACAAGAAAUAACAAACAGCCUCUAAGUGAUAUGGGAUGUAAGACAGAAAAAAAAUUGUUUAGCUGCUCUGAGUGUGGUAAAAGAUGUAUCCAUAGGGGAGAUCUAAAUAGACAUAUGAGGAUUCAUACAGGAGAGAAGCCGUUUAGCUGCUCUGAGUGUGGUAAAAGAUUUAACCGUAGGGGCAAUCUAAAUACACAUAUGAGGACUCAUACAGGUGAGAAACCGUUCAGCUGCUCUGAGUGUGGUGAAAGUUUUACCCAAAGGAACCAUCUAAAUACACAUAUGAUGAUUCAUACAGGAGAGAAACCGUUCAGCUGCUCUGAGUGUGGUAAAAGAUUUAUCCAUAGGGGAGAUCUAAAUAAACAUGUGAGGAUUCAUACAGGAGAGAAACCGUUCAGCUGCUCUGAGUGUGGUAAAAGAUUUAUCCAUAGGGGAGAUCUAAAAAAACAUAUGAGGAUUCAUACAGGUGAGAAACCGUUUUGUUGCCUUGAGUGUGGUAAAAGAUUUACCAAAAGGGGCAAUCUAAAUAAACAUGUGAGGAUUCAUACAGGUGAGAAACUGUUCAGCUGCUCUGAGUGUGGUAAAAGAUUUAUCCAUAGGGGCAGUCUAAAUACACAUAUGAGGAUUCAUACAGGAGAGAAACUGUUAAGUUGAUCUGAGUGUGGUAAAAGAUUAAAGAUUCAGUCCUAUUGUACGAGACGUGAAGAUUCAUAAAGGAGAGAAGUGACUACGUUGCAACCUUUGCAACAAAAGAGUUAUAAGGGUUUAUCAGCAGAUAUUCAUAUUAUACAUAUUCAUAGUUCACUGUUUUAAAUAGACUUAACAGUUUUUAUGUCCCUAGAAAAUACAACUCAUUGAAUAACACGAAAGAUUUGUGUUUAUAUAUCUUGUUUCUACUGAUUUCUACAUAAUUUGUCUAUUUUUCAUAAUGGCCAAUA